AUGGCAGCCAGCACGGGCCCGGGAGUAAAAGUCCCUCGCCAUUUUAAACUGUUGGAAGAACUGGAAGAAGGCCAAAAAGGAGGAGCUGGCACAAUUAGUUGGGGUUUAGAAGAUGACGGAGACAUGACACUUACAAGAUGGAUAGCGCUGAUAAUUGGGCCUCCAAGGGUGGACCCAAAGGCUGUAUUGGUGCUAGAGAAAUGGAAUCGUGCAUAUAGUAUCAAACACGUCCUGCACGAGCUUCAGCAUCUAAUGAUGACGAGUGAAAAUGUGUCACUCCCUCAGCCUCCUGAAGGGCAGUGUUACAGCAACUAA